AGGAAUCAACCAUGACACCUGAACAAUUGAAAACUCGACAUGUUGGAAAACAGGAUCCAAAGCGUCAUUUAGAGGAAAGUGUGGAAGACGUUAUGUCCAAUAAUAUUGUAAUGGCACUGGGAACUAUGAUCGAUUCAGUCAGUUUCAUAGAUACAAAUCAAAAAAAUAAAAUCCAGGGAUAG